CCUUGGAAUGAGCUGGCGCGACCGUGGGCUCUGGCUCGCUUAAGCUGCCUCAAUUUGCGUAAGAAACGAUUUCCUCUCGCUUUUAGCUGCCCUUAUACAGAACAAACCCUUAAAAUGCUGCAGGCCCAGAAGCGUGUUGUGUUUGGCCAGGCCCAGCGCCGCAGCGCUGUUGCCGUUGUUCGCACUGCCCCUGUGGCUCGCCGCAUGGUCUGCCAGGCGGCCAACUGGAAGGGCGACAGCGAGGAGAAGCUCCAGCCCAAGGAGAUUGUGCUCCGCUCCGUGAACGUUAUGGUUCUGGGCGCGCUGCUGUCCAUCGGCGCGGCCCCUCGCCCGGGCAACCUGGGCAUCAUCGACUACGGCGCAGGCGUGCAGACCCUGAACCUGUGCCCUCCCUCGCCCAACUGCAUUGCCACCUCCGAGGAGGGCAACGACCGCACCCACUAUGCCCCUCCCCUGACCUACAACCCCGAGGAUGGCCGCGGCAAGAAGGGCCCGGCCAGCCAGGAGAAGGCCAUGGGCGAGCUGGUGGAGGCGGUCAAGAAGCUCAAGCCCGACGGCUUCACCCCCAAGAUCAUCAAGCAGACCGACGACUACCUGUACGUCGAGUACGAGAGCCCGCUCAUGGGGUUCAUUGACGAUGUGGAGUUCUGGUUCAAGCCCGGCCCCGGCAGCCGCGUGGAGUACCGCAGCGCCAGCCGCGUGGGCGAGUCGGACGGCAACAUCAACCGCAAGCGCAUCAAGGCCAUCCGCCAGGAGCUGGAGACCAAGGGCUGGCGCAGCACGGGCUUCUAAGCGCCUGCUGGCGCGGGAGGGGCGGGGCUGGCGCCUGAGGCAGGUCCGGACUCGGCAGGCAGCUGGCGGCGGGAGUUGCCGCACCGGUUUGUGGGGAUGGACGGCGCGCUAGCCCAGAAGUAGCAGCGGCAGCAGCAGCAGCAGCAGCAGCAGCAGCAGCAGUUGGCGUUUUGCGGGGCAGUGGGCUGGUUGUUGCCUUUUUGGCAGGCUGUGGAGCCCACGGGGGCGAUGGCAGGUGUGGGGUGUUAGGACGUGUUGGCAGAAGGGGAGGCGUCAAAUGCAUGGGCAAGUUGAUUGACCCAUACUGCAAAAUUUUGGGUGGCGCACGGGCACCUCACGUUUUUGACGGAUGUGAAAGGUGGCCUGUUUUGGGGGCGUGUGAUCAAUCUGCGUGUACAUGUGAAAGCAGUGGGAUGUGAGUGAGGACCAGGGCCAGGGAAGGCGAGGACCGUGCAGUGUCGGCUCUUACAGUUGAUGUGUUUGGAUGCAGUCGGCACCCAAGUGUAACCUUGGCAA